GUUUCUUCGGGUUCAAAAGCUAAUAUACUUAAUCAACAUAAAAGCACUGAAGAACAACCAAUAGCAAGAAAGGUUGUCGCUUCUCGUGCUUCCUGUACAGAGAAAGUUAGCCAUAAAUUAUAUCAAAGUGUAAAAAGGGAUAAGGAGAGUGUAAAUUCAUGUCAACUAGUCGUGAAACAAAAUGGAUCUAGUUUCCGCUUCAAAAAAGAAGAGUGGGCCAGGAAAAGGAAAGAGUUCUUUAUGAAGCUAGAGGAGAAAGUGCAUGCCAAAGAGGAAGAAACACGUCAUCUCCAAGCGAGAAAACAGGAAAAGAAAGAAGAAGAGAUCAAACAGCUCCCGAGAAAUCUCAAUUUCAAAGAAACUCCCAUACCUGCCUUUUACCGUGAACCUGGCCGCCGCUCAGAAAAAAACAAGGAUGGACAGAGCUGGGAGGAGGCAGGAGCAAGAGCUGCAGAGCUAGCAAGUAAAACUAAAUCACAAAGCAGGCCUUCGACUGCAGCAGGGGCUAGAGCUACUAGUGCAACUGAGAACACUGUUCGUUGUUUAAGGGAAGAAGUUUAUAACAGAUGUUCCACUAAUGAACGUCUAAAUGUGGCCGAUCCACCACAGGUUUUAGAAGUAACUAUUCAUCCUUCAGCAGAGUUAUCAAACAGCAGCGUGCCUUCAGCUGCAACAACAAAAACGUCCAAACAAACCCAAUCAAAUAGAACAGUAGCUCCAAAAAGAGAGCAAGAGAAAAAGCAGGUCGCGAAUUCUCCAAGACCAAGAACAUCAGAUUCUAUCAGGAGGAACAAGGACUUUAAAGCUGAAGACAAAACAAAG